CUAACUUUCUCCAUUUCUCAGUUUCUCACUUAUAUCGGUGUGGGGGUGGAGAGAGAGAGAGACAAGAGAGAAUGGUGUCAACCGGUUCUUUUAUCUUAGAUUUGGUGUGAUGCAUUUGAAAAGUCAGGGUGGUGUGUGUGAAUAUGACUAUGUGAGAUGAGAUACAUGUGAGAUAAGGUUUUGUGUUUGUUGCUGUCCUUUUUUAUUUAUUUAUAUAUAUGUGAAAAGAUUAUUAAUCUUUGUUUUAUAUAAUUUUUUUUCCUGAGGGACUCUUUGGAUUUUCUCCUUUCUGGGGUCUUUUUCAAAAUUCUCAAUACUAACAAAGAAUCGGUCAAGUGUGAAAUAUAGGAAAAACAAGUGGUUCUCCUUCUUAUUAUGUGUCACUGUUUUUGUGUUUUUUCUGCUGUUGGGGUUGCAGACAUGAGAUGCAGGUGUGAACCUUGGAUCAGAAAGGAAGGGGAUUUUUCUUGUCCUGUUGCUCUUUCCAUCUGUUUCAGGAAUUGCCUUUUAGCUUUCUUCUAGAGAGAGAAAAGCGGGUGUCGACAAGGAAACAACUUUUUGGCCAUGUCUACUUUUUCACACUAAAAAUUCAAUCUUGUCAGUGUUUAGCUCAAUCUGGUUUAAAAGGUAAAAAAGUUAAGCGUAUUAAGGAAUCAAAAAACUGAAAAAAGUUCCUUCGCAAAAGUGAGAAUGACAAUUUCGGGUAAAAAAAUAGAAAUUAAAAAAAAGAGGGAAGAACAUGUGAGUCAGCAUGGGAGGAGGAAUAGAAGCACAUAAAUUUUUCGGAGAUAAAAGAGAAAGGGUCAAUCCAUUUUAUUAAAGUCUUUUGUUGGGUUUGAGGGUUGCAGUGUGGGGGUGCAAGAGUUGUGAAUGAUAUUUAUUUCUCAAUCCAUUCCCAGUUCAAUGCUAAAUUCAUCUUCCUUCUCCUACUCAACUCCAAGGAAAAUGGAGGGCCCCAGUGAGAUAGGUCUCAUAGGGGAAAAUUUUGAUGCUGGUUUGAUGGGGAGGAUGAGGGACGAUGAGUACGAGAGCCGUUCUGGAAGUGAUAACUUUGAAGGCGCAUCUGGUGAUGAUCAGGAUGGUGGUGAUGAUCAGCCACAGAGGAAGAAGAGAUACCACAGACACACUCCUCACCAAAUUCAAGAGCUUGAGGCUUUCUUUAAGGAGUGCCCUCAUCCUGAUGAGAAGCAAAGGUUGGAUCUCAGUAAGAGGCUUGGCUUGGAGAAUAAGCAAGUCAAGUUCUGGUUUCAGAAUCGACGAACCCAAAUGAAGACCCAACUGGAACGCCAUGAGAACAUAAUGCUUAGGCAGGAGAAUGAUAAGCUCAGAGCUGAGAACAGUUUGAUCAAGGAAGCCAUGUCAAAUCCAGUGUGUAACAACUGCGGUGGCCCUGCAAUUCCUGGCCAAAUUUCAUUUGAGGAGCACCAGAUUAGAAUUGAGAAUGCCAGACUAAAGGAUGAAUUGAACCGUAUAUGUGUCCUAGCAAACAAGUUCCUUGGCAAGCCAAUCUCAUCAUUGACCAGUCCCAUGGCCCUCACAACCUCAAAUUCUGGUCUUGAACUUGGUAUUGGAAGGAAUGGGAUUGGUGGUUCAAGCACUCUUGGCACUCCCUUGCCAAUGGGGCUUGAUUUGGGAGAUGGAGUGUUAGGCACUCAACCUGCAAUGCCUGGGGUUAGAUCAGCAUUGGGUUUGAUGGGAAAUGAAGUUCAGCUUGAGAGAUCUAUGCUUAUAGAUCUUGCAUUGGCUGCCAUGGAGGAAUUACUGAAGAUGACUCAGGCAGAGAGCCCUCUUUGGAUCAAGAGUUUGGAUGGUGAGAAGGAAAUCUUUAACCAUGAGGAGUAUGCAAGGUUGUUUUCUCCUUGCAUUGGUCCAAAACCCGCUGGCUAUGUAACUGAAGCUACAAGAGAAACUGGAAUAGUAAUCAUCAACAGUUUAGCCCUUGUGGAAACUUUGAUGGACGCGAAUCGAUGGGCAGAGAUGUUUCCGUCUAUGAUUGCUAGAGCUAUCAACCUCGAUGUUAUAUCUAAUGGCAUGGGUGGAACAAGAAAUGGUGCUCUACAAGUGAUGCAUGCUGAGGUUCAAUUGCUUUCUCCACUAGUCCCCGUUCGUCAAGUAAGAUUCAUCAGGUUCUGUAAGCAGCAUGCAGAAGGUGUAUGGGCUGUAGUUGAUGUUUCCAUUGAGAUAGGUCAUGAUGCUGCUAAUGCACAGCCAUCCAUUAGCUGUAGAAGGCUUCCUUCUGGCUGUAUUGUGCAGGAUAUGCCGAAUGGUUACUCCAAGGUUACUUGGCUUGAGCAUUGGGAGUACGAUGAGAAUGUUGUCCACCAACUUUAUCGCCCGUUGCUAAGUUCUGGUGUUGGAUUCGGUGCUCAUAGAUGGAUUGCCACCCUCCAAAGGCAGUGUGAAUGCUUGGCUAUCCUAAUGUCCUCUUCCAUUUCAAGUGAUAGUCACACAGCAUUGAGCCAAGCUGGUAGGAGAAGCAUGUUGAAAUUGGCACAACGCAUGACUAGCAACUUCUGUUCCGGGGUUUGUGCUUCGUCAGCUCGCAAGUGGGACAGCCUUCACAUUGGGACUCUUGGUGAUGACAUGAAAGUGAUGACAAGGAAAAACGUGGAUGACCCUGGUGAGCCUCCUGGGAUUGUGCUCAGUGCUGCAACUUCUGUUUGGAUGCCAGUGUCACGGCAAAGGCUGUUCGACUUUCUGCGUGAUGAACGGCUGAGAAGUGAGUGGGACAUCUUGUCCAAUGGUGGACCAAUGCAGGAGAUGGUACAUAUUGCCAAAGGACAAGGACAUGGAAACUGUGUUUCUCUUCUCCGUGCUAAUGCUGUUAACGCCAACGAUAGCAGCAUGCUGAUUCUACAAGAGACAUGGAUGGACGCGUCAUGCUCAGUGGUGGUAUAUGCACCUGUUGACGUGCAAUCACUGAACGUGGUGAUGAGUGGUGGAGAUUCUGCAUACGUUGCACUCUUGCCUUCAGGCUUUGCAAUUCUUCCCGAUGGCCACUGCAACGACAACGGCUGCAACGGGAGUCUGCAGAAGGGCCGCGGCAGCGACGACGGCAGUGGCGGAAGCCUUCUCACAGUCGGUUUCCAAAUUCUGGUGAAUAGUCUCCCAACAGCAAAGCUCACAGUGGAGUCAGUGGACACUGUGAAUAACCUCAUCUCCUGCACCAUUCAGAAGAUCAAAGCUGCACUAAGAGUUGCAUGAUGCCAACAACAACAACCAUUUUGUUAAUGCAGUAAUAAUAUGCAAAAGUUAAGUUACCUUAAAAUUAUUAUUUUGUGGUCUUUUUUAAUUUUUUGGUUUCUAAGAUGAAUAUUAUUCGGAGAGGGGUUAUAUAAUUCGGUUGGGUGUAUAGGAUUUAUAAUUAUAGAGUAGUGGAAGAGGCUGAGGCAGAAAGGGUCGCGUAAGGAAGGUUUCGAGUCAAGAACGAACCGCGAUGGAGGAACUUGAAUUGUGCUGUUUGCAUUUGCAUGCAGCUUUUCUCUGCUCAUAGUGGUUCGGGUAUUGACUCGUUGACCUGCGAGUUAGUCUCAGUGCUCUUGUUUAGAUAAGAUGACAGAAAAAAAAAAACAAAUGUGCGUGUGUUACUACUUAAAUUAUUACUAGUGCCCAUCCAUCCGAUACAGUUGCAAAUUGCUGAACUAAUGUAUUUUGGAAUUAUGCAUUUUUCAUAUUUUAGUAGUCUUUUUA